CAAUCAUCGACAUGGGUGAAGUUAAUCUCUUCAUUGAGCUCUUGUGCGUCCUGAUUUUUGCUCAAUACAUAGCUGGAAGUCAGGAUAAAGUUGGCAGUGAUCCCCAAAGAAAUGAAGUACCAAUGACGUAUUCUCAGGACUUGAAGGACGAUAGGGUUACUUCACUUCAUCAGGAUCCUUCAAUCUAUAUGAUCGUCAAUAGAUCUAUCAAAACUCAACAAUCCAAUGGCCAAGGCGCCUAUUUUGUCUUUUCUGCAGGAUACGAGAUGAACUCAGAAAGCUAUUACGGGAUAGAAGUUACAACUGAUGUGUACGGUCUCUCCGUUGACCAAGAGCAAAACAGUGGAGCUAUGGUUGGAAUUGGCAGCAAGGGUGAUGAUGUCAAUGCAAUUGUUGUUGGAUGGCAUGUCUAUCCAAAGUAUUAUGGUGAUGCAUACCCUCAUUUCUUUGUCCGCUGGAUGCGUGAUAGUCAUCAGCAGACGGGCUGCUACAAUUUAGACUGUCCUGGCUAUGUGCCUGAACCUGGUUCAAGUAUAGUUCCAGGAAUUUCCAUUAAUCCGGUCUCAGAGCCUGGAGGAACCAAACAUAUUAUCAUCUUCAAAAUUUUCAAGGAUGGCGCUGGAGAUUGGUUACUGCACUGUGGAUUAGACUCCGAACCAUAUUUAAUUGGGCGUUUUCCUGCAUCAUUAUUCACUACCCUGCGUACCAAAGCUGACUACAUGAGGGUUGCUGGAUAUGCGGUGAGUCGUACAACCCAUUUGGCCCCAAUGGGAAGCGGGUACCUUCCAACUAAUCCAAAAGCAGCAUCAUUCAGCAAUGUUCAACUCAUUGAUCAAGAUGGCCUGACGUCCAAGAUUCCGCGAGAUCUACCUGCCAUUGAGAAUUCCCCAUCCAUGUAUUCUGCAUCUCCUAUCGAUUUCGAGGGUAAAUUCACCUACGGUGGGCCGUUAGAAUAA